AUAAACAUAUACGACUAGAGCUGAACGGAGAGCUGUAUUAGACUGUUAAAUGUGAAAGGUUACGUUCAGCAUAAACAUGGCUCUAACCUAGCCACUCCACAACCACUUAGAAAUAGUGAAAGUCGAGGCUUACUGCAUUUUAUUACCGGUAUGGUUUAUUCGAUUUGGGUUAGAAAACCAAAGUCUUAAUUUACACGCGGCACAUUGCAAGCUUGUUCUACUACUGAAUGUCACCCUGCUCUCUGGUAUAUGUGCGGGAAUAACAUGUCCGCGCCGCUCCCCGCCAUUGUGCCGGCCGCCCGCAAAGCUACAGCGGCGGUCAUCUUUCUCCAUGGCCUGGGAGAUACAGGGCAUGGCUGGGCUGACGCAAUGGCUGCGAUCAGGACUCCUUAUGUCAAGUACAUUUGCCCCCAUGCACCAGUCAUGCCAGUUACCCUUAACAUGAACAUGGCAAUGCCUUCCUGGUUUGAUAUCAUUGGGUUGGGUCCGGAUGCAGUGGAGGAUGAAACUGGGAUAAAAAAAGCUGCAGAAAGCAUCAAUGCUUUGAUUGAUCAGGAGGUAAAAAAUGGAAUUCCAUCUCAUCGUAUCGUAUUGGGUGGCUUUUCUCAGGGUGGUGCACUAUCUCUUUACACAGCUCUAAAAACUCAUCAGAAACUCGCAGGUGUUGUUGCUCUGAGCUGCUGGCUGCCUCUCAGGAACUCUCUCUCAAAGUCAGUGAUUGGCACUAAUAAGGGAAUACCAGUGCUGCAGUGUCAUGGUGAGGCAGAUCCUCUGGUUCCAUUGAUAUUUGGGUGUCUCACAGUGGAGAAACUCAAGACCAUGCUCAAUCCUAACAGCAUCACCUUCAAAACAUAUCCCGGGAUGCCCCACAGUGCCUGCCAAGAGGAAAUGAUGGAUAUAAAACAAUUCAUUGAGAAGCAGCUGCCACCAAUCGACUAAUCAGUGAUGCCUUAAUGAUCCUUUGUCACUGAUCAGUGGGCACAAGCUCUUUCCACAAGCCGCUUUCUCAUCAUCUGAAUGAACUGACAACAAAGCGACCAAAUCCAAAUUCUGGACUAAUCCUGAUAUCAAACUUGGUAUUAAGCCUUACUACACUGGUUCUCAGCCCUUGUCCUAAAAUACUCCUACCCUGCAUAUUUUAUUGUUUGUUUUUCCUGCUUUAGUGAUCUAAUACAUCAGCCAAUUAACUGGUCCUUCCUGAUUUGAUGUUAAAGAAGGGAAAACAAUAAUAUCUACAGAGCCUGAAUAAUCUUUUUUUGUAAAGAUUGUAAAGACGUUUUUGUGUAAUUGGCUAUAGCUGUGUGAUUAUAGAAGAGAGUUUGGUUGAUGACAAAAGGUUUCUGAUGACAAAAUGAUGCACAAUAAAAGACAUAAAUGAUG